AUGAGGAUAGAAAAGGUCACUGGCUGUCAGAGCAUGGGUAUUUUCAGUGAACCUGGUAAGAUGUGUGCUGCAUAUAGUACUCAUGUGUCUUCUGUAGUUGACGAAUGUAAACAGUGUGAAAAGUCUUUCACUGAGAAGAAACACCCUAGAACACACACAAAAGGGAAACCUUUUCAAUGUAACAUUUGUGGAAAAUCUUUCAUAUGCAAGGCAUAUGUUACUAGACACGAGAGAACACACACAGGAGAGAAACCUUAUGAAUGUAACAAGUGUGGAAAGUCUUUCACCGAAAAAUCAAAGCUUACUGUCCACCAGAGAACACAUACUAGAGAGAAACCUUAUGAAUGUAAUGUUUGUGGAAAGUCUUUCAUCCAGAAAUCAAAGCUUACUGUCCACCAGAGAACACACACAAAAGAGAAACCCUUUGAAUGUAACAUUUGUGGAAAGUCUUUCUCCUGGAAGGCAUAUCUUACUAGACACCAGAGAACACACACAAAAGAGAAACCCUUUGAAUGUAACAUUUGUGGAAAGUCUUUCUCCUGGAAGGCACAUCUUACUAGACACCAAAGAACACACACAGGAGAGAAAGCUGAUGAAUGUAACAUGUGUGGAAAGUCUUUCUUCUGGAAGGCAUAUCUUACUAGACACCAGAGAACACACACAGGAGAGAAACCUUAUGAAUGUAACAUGUGUGGAAAGUCUUUCACCUGGAAGACAUACCUUACUGUCCACCAGAGAACACACACAAAAGAGAAACCUUUUGAAUGUAACAUUUGUGGAAAGUCUUUCUCCUGGAAGGCAUAUCUUACUCUCCACCAGAGAACACACACAGGAGAGAAACCUUAUGAAUGUAACAAGUUUGGAAAGUCUUUCACCCAGAAAUCGAUGCUUACUAACCACCAAAGAACACAUAAUAGAGAGAAACCUUAUGAAUGUAACGUGUGUCGAAAGUCUUUCACCGAGAAAUCAAACCUAACUCGCCACCAGAGAACACACACAAAAGAGAAACCUUUUGAAUGUAAUAUUUGUGGAAAGUCUUUCUCCUGCAAGACAUAUCUUACUCUGCACCAGAGAACACACACAGGAGAGAAACCUUAUGAAUGUAAGAUGUGUGGAAAAUCUUUCACCAAGAAGUCAAAUCUUAAUCUCCAUCAGAGAACACAUACUAGAGAGAAACCUUUUAAAUGUAACAUUUGUGGAAAGUCUUUCUCCUGCAAGACAUAUCUUACUCUGCACCAGAGAACACACACAGGAGAGAAACCUUAUGAAUGUAACAUGUGUGGAAAGUCCUUGUCUUGGAAGUCAAGCAUCAAUGUCCAUCAGAUAGUACACACAGGAAAGAAACCUUAUGAAUAUAAUAUGUGUGGAAUGAGUUUCACCUGGAAGUCCAACCUCACUGUCCAUCAGAAAACACACAGGAAAGAAACCUUAUGA